CUUCCCUCUUCAGCCUCUCCUUUUCAUGAGAAACUACUGAACGUGGAAGAAAGGCUCCACAUUUCCAUAGUCAUGGCACUCUUUUCUUCCCUCACACCAGUAUUUAUAGCCAUUAUAUGUGUUUUGAUUGGGGUAAUAAUGAAGAAGACAAAUGGAGAGAAGGAAAAACGCGACACUAAAAGCAAGCAUCCAUCUCGCCCGUGGGUGGAUGAAGAUUUAAAAGAUGGCACUGACCAUCCCUUAGAAGAAGAAGAGGGUGAGGAAGAGUGGCAAGGACUUGAAGAAAAUGUUGCCCAUGUCCCCUUCGCUGGCGAGCGCUACUCUGAGGCUGAAAUGAUCAAGAGGUCACAGACAUUCUAUGAGCUUCUAAAUAAGAGACGGUCUGUCAGGUUUCUCAGUGAUGAGCCGGUCCCCAGGGAGGUCAUUGAUAAUGUCAUCAGAACAGCAGGUACUUCACCUAGUGGAGCUCACACUGAGCCCUGGACCUUUGUGGUGGUGCAAGAUCCGUAUUUAAAACAUAAGAUUCGUGAAAUUGUAGAAGAAGAAGAGGAAAUCAACUACAAAAAAAGGAUGGGAGACAGAUGGGUAAAUGACCUGAAAAGAUUGAGAACAAAUUGGAUCAAAGAGUACUUGGACACUGCUCCGUAUCUGAUCCUCAUUUUCAAGCAGGUGUAUGGGCGGCUUCCAAAUGGCAAAAAGAAGACCCACUACUACAAUGAAAUCAGUGUUUCCAUUGCCUGUGGUAUCCUGCUUGCUGCACUGCAGAACGCAGGUCUGUACACAGUGACCUCCACCCCGCUGAACUGCGGCCCCCAGCUGCGGGUGCUGCUCCAGCGGCCAGCGAACGAGAAGCUCCUGCUGCUGCUCCCCGUUGGCUAUCCCAGGAAAGAUGCCACCGUGCCUGCGCUGACACGGAAGCCGCUGGAAGACAUCAUGGUGGUGAUGUGAGCCCAGAGCCAGGGCAAGGAGAGCAACCCUGCUGACAGCUGAAGUUGUCACUGCUGUUUCUGUGCAUCGUCCCCCUAUGUUGCUGUUGCUCUCGCUGUUUACACCUUUAUUUCUUUUUGUGCUCAUAAUCCUAUAACAGCAGUGAGCAGUCAGGCACUGUGCCUUGGACAGCUGCUGUUACUUGUCUGACCAGGGUGUUGUUGCAGGGGAUAUGUACAAUGGCAUUUAAAUGAUCUCAUCACUUGAUUUUUCUCAUGCAUUUUGGGGACGAAUCUCCUCUUGACCUGGAAUAUAUAUUUUCUUUAUACUUUUGUGAUUGCCAUAACACAGUUAUUUUAAGAAUUUUAAUGAAGGUUGUAUUAAAAGAUACAAAGAGGUCAAA